AUGCAAACUCUUUUCCACGUGUUUCUAUCUUCACUCGCCCUGCCGGUACCAAAAAGAGUGCUUACAUUUUUCAGGUACUUGAAAAUAUAUCCCAAUGGCGAUGGCGAUGGCGCCGGGAGGGGCAAUUCAUUAUCUCUGCACAUUGUGGCUAAUAACACGGAGCCUAAUGUGAAGGCGUAUCUUGGAGCCAAGCUGCGAAUUCUCGACCAACGCAAAACCAGCCCUGGGCAUGCGGAAAAGCAAUCGGAUAGCUGGUCCGACACACCUGGACGAGGUUGGGGGUUUCCGCAGUUCGUGUCUUUCCCGGAUCUGAACGAUUCCUCGAAAGGUUACAUCGUGGGCGAUAAGUUGACGGUCGAGGUCGAGUUCUUGGAGUUCUCCAAGACUGAUUACUACCCGAGCUAGAUUUCUGCCAAUAUUG